AUGUCUUUGAAGUCAAGCGGAAAAUCAUUGACUUUAACAUUAUCAUCAUCAUCAUCAUCAUCAACGUCAUCAUCAUCAUCAUCAUCAUCAUCAUCAUCAUCAUCAUCAUCAUCAUCAUCAUCAUCAUCAACGUCAUCAUCAUCACAUAGAAUGAUAAAACGACAAAAUAACUUCAAAGAACAAACAAACAAACAAACAACCUUCUAA